AUGGCUUCAAAGAAUAUGACGAGAAUUAUACCUCUUUACCUCACCCUCGUCUUAUUCGGCUUUGCCUCGGCUCAACCUCCAUUGGGCCAACCUCCGGUGUGUCCUCUUACUUUGCUCCAGAUCCGGGGUUGCAUCAGAAUUCUUCGCAUUGGGGUUAUCCUCAACACCAGAAAUGUUGGGCCAUGUUGUACUGUCCUAGAUCAGCUCGAUCCUCCUCGGGCGUCUGUAUGUGCCUGCGAUGCCGCUAGUAUCAAUCUUGGCAUACUUGGCAUCACUGUGAAUCUGAGAGUUAAUCAGCUCCUUAGGCUCUGUCGUGUGCCAACAACACCUGAUUUCAGAUGCAGCUUAAUAUAA